CCAAAAUUGGAAAGCCCCGUUUGGUCUUUCUUCCUCGCAUUGGCUUCGGUAAUCUCAGGGGGAUCCUCAUAUCGUCAGGAAAGCCGUCUAACCCUGCUUGCCUCCGCUACCCAUCUUCUGUAGCCCUGGUCGAGCCUUCCAACGUCACUAUGGCCCAAGCACCUCGGAACUCUUCUCAGUAUUCUGGGGAUCGUCAGCAAGCCUCGCAGAGGCCGCGGUUACCACCUCAAUUCACUCCCCUGGGACGGGAUAAUAUGGCACCAGACUCAUCCGCAAAGUAUUCUCCAGAAGCAAUCGCAAUGCAGAGAUCAAUAGACUCGGGUUAUGGAAGCGAAUUUUCCAAGUCUCCCAUAUCCAGCUCCCCAGAUGAUCCUUUCUCUGGUAGCGGACAUGACUUGAAGGCGAGCACAACAGACCCGCACAAGCGAGUGCCUUCAGAUGGUAACACCUCAACACACCAUCACCGAGCCUCUCGGGAGCCCUCUCCAGCUCUCAUUGACUUAGACAGUCCCACGCACGACGGAGGGGGAAGGUCGUAUGACGCCGCAGCCCCUGCUGUUCCUCCCCUCGCUCUCUCAUCCAAACCCCCACCCGGGGAAGAGGAUCGUAUUCCCAGGCCCGAUCCCCAAUCUCUAAAGCACAAAACUUCUUACAACAGCCGUCCUGUGCCCACAGCUUCCAUCUCGGUCUCGCAACGGUCGCCGCCGCCGCCAUAUUCGCCCCCGCUGUCCUCGCCGUCGGCGCCAUCUGUGGGGUCUUACCAGACUAAACCUCUCGAACGCCCUUCCGACGGUAUUCACAGCUUCCCUACCCCACCCCCAGAACCGCUUAUUACGAGCACAAGGAGAGUCCCCAAUAAAAAACCUACCAACUUGCAGAAUAGAGCGAGUCCGGGUAACGGGGUCUCGCCUACGACGUCCCACAGUGAUGCUGGCCGAUCUCCUUCUUGCCCUGCCGAGCCAGCGUCCACGCGGCCCAAUGAGCGCGGCCCAACCUCAACUCCGCCGCAGGUGCGGCCAGCGACAUGCCCUGGCAGCUCUCCUUUCCCCACUCCACCGACUUCCCCGUACUCUCCGGAUGAAGAUGAAAAGCCCAGACCGGCUAUAGAAUCCUAUACAACGGAUCGAACACCCAACGCCGGGGCAACGCCUCGCGUAGCUACACCCCCACAGAGUACGCGCGCGGGGGCCCCCGCGGAUCGCCAGCCCUCCACCCCUGGCCAUCGUAUGGUUGCUGUCAUGAAUCUGUCGCCUCCUCCCCCGCAAUCUUCUGCAUCUUCUUCCCCGCAAUCUUCUGCGCCUCCUUCCCCGCAAUCUUCUGCAUCUCCUUCCCUGCACUCUUCAGCAGCGUCUCCCGGUGAAAAUGCAGGCUACACCGAGCUCCUGGGCCCUCAACCUCUCCAUUCGUUCACGUCUCUCGGUCUGUGGAGUUAUCUCCAGAAACCCGCCAGGGACCUCGGUCCUCAAGGCGUCUCGCAGCUUGCGGCGUCUCGAAAAAUUCCUCUCGAUUUACGUGUCAUUUUUGGGCUUCACUGCAAAUUCCAUGCUAUGCCAGGUCCCGGAGAGCAGCAGAGCAGAGACGAUCAGCCUUGUUAUGGCGCCGGAUCCCUGGAGGGCGUCUGGAAGCUAGCGGAUAUGAUGAAAUACUCGACCCCGUCGGCCCCUCUCUCUGCUUUCAGGCAAUUCCCGAAAGGAAAACUCUACUCCGUCACACCCAUGAAUUGCGAUACACAGUGCCCCCUUCAGAAACGUUUCGACGGCACAGGCGCGAUACAGAAUGAGCUAGCGGAUACACCGUGCUCGUCUCUCGGCGUCUCUGGUCUUCUGCAGAAGCUCAACGAGGUCUUCGGUACAACGUAUCAGCUCAACAACCACUUGUCCUCUUUGCUCGGCGGCUACGUGAACAAGGCCGACUGCGACUUCGGAAGGGUCUAUGGCGAAGUUCGGCGCGGGUGGUUCUGUGACGUGGACCGUCUGCAAGGUCGUUUGGAGAGAGGCGCACGGCAAGACUACGGGAUGCGCAAGAGGGCUAUCGACUCUAACCGAGGCCUCAUCGUCCAGCCCCGCACCCCACCACGUCGUGUAUGGGACCUGUACAGCAACCGCGUCCUUCCCUUCUGGGUGCUCCUCUCCAAGGACAUACCGAGAAACCUUUGGGCGGUUUCACAUAGCUGGGUGAAUGAUAGACAGCGCAAGUUCAUCAGAACGCGCGUGAACGGUUAUGAGUGGGCACUGCCUAUUCCCCGCGACGUCGAACUCGACCACGUGCGCAUCGAGCUGCUGAACCUGGGCGCCGAGUACGUCUGGUUGGACGUGCUUUGUCUGAGACAGCAGGUGGAUGAAGAAAGACGUACCUGGCUCAGCUGGGACUCGGACAGAUGGCAGAACGUGGAGACGUUGCGGCAGAAGGAGUGGAGACUCGACGUCCCCACUAUCGGACAUGUCUUCCGGUGCAAGCCGUCGCAGGUGGUCAUCACGUAUUUCAGCGGUCUCGGCAGGCCAUUCUGCGUAACCGCGGAGAUGUUCAACGACGAAAGGAGCUGGCUCAACCGAGUCUGGACGAUGCAGGAGACUACCUCCAACUGGCUCCUCGGAGGGGCUGGUGCCUGAGGAGUUCAUGGUUCGGAAGGAGGACUUGGACUUGCCGACACAGUUCCACGACGGGGUUUGCAGUCUGCUGCAGGUGCUGGCGCGGGACCCACCAGACUUGUUUGCCUUAGCCAAAGUCUUACGAAGCCGGCGCGGUACUCACCAUAUCGACCAAGUCAGCGCGUUGGGACUCCUCUUGAAGUGUCCCGCUCUACCGAUCUACGACACGAAGCAGCGCUGCGAAGACGGUUGGGGCCAGCUCGUGCAGCAGAUGUCGCACAAACACCGGACUGACCUCCUUGUCAACUGCCCUGUGGUCGGCAACGCUCCGGGAACUAAAUGGUGCCCUUCGUGGUCUCAACUCAUGCUGGGGAAGACGAUACCCUCGGAGACCACUGUCAUCAACUAUUCCGAAGGCGAGCUGCUCAACUGUAGCCCGAUAUCUCACGAUCCCUCGGUCAACCUUGGAGUUGUUUACUGGAACUACGCAUACGUCAUCGAGAGCUGCGAGUUUUCCAUCGAAGACGGUCGCAUACACAUGCAUGUUCUCCUUGGUCCAGCCUCUCAGUCGCAAUUUGCCACCGACAGCUACAAGACGCAGCCUUUCCUUGUCGAGUUCUCCGGAGCGAACCCGCUUUUCGAUCCCAGCCUUUACUACGCCGCAGUCGGAAUGGCGGAUCUGGAGUACUGGGUACUGGGAAAGAUCUCGGGUCACGAUCAAAACAUGGAGUAUGUCCAGUUCGAGAAGAUCUCUACCUUCCGGAUCCCGGAUGCCAGGGAGAGGGAACGACUUUGGCACCUGAACCCCGGCUACUCCGAUACUCCUAUACACUAUCUCUGAUCAGGAGCGAGUACGAAUAAGCAGGAAUGCUCCUCUCUGCGCGCUCUUGAAGGAUGGCGCGCAACUGGUCCGAUAUUUUGAUAUGCAGAAAGCUUUGUUGAAGAUUACGAGUCCGCUUGUACGACUGGUGAUCGUUGUUCCGGCUGUAUUGUAGCUAACAGUAAUGCGACAGGCAAAUGUAUAGUACUGUGGACUUUUCGGCGGUGUCUAUCACUACCCAGAAUGAUAUAUGACUCGAAAUC